UUUUUUCUAUCUACUGUUGAGCAAUGGAUUCGAAUCUGGAUGACAUUGAUGCAAUAUGGUUUCAGAAGAAGGUAUCUGAGAUUUUCGGGAAUAAUAAAGUUGAUGAAUUGUUAAACGUACUUGGUGGUGACUAUGAUGAUAUGGAAGCGAAGAACAGACUCUUACUGUGUAUGAAAAAUGAAGCUUCACACUUUAUUAAUUUUCUGUUAAGGAAUAGAUUCAAGAUUAGCCUAACAAAAGUGAUCAAGAACUUGAGCUUAGAGGUGUGUUCUUUCGAUUUUUAUUUUUCAAUUGUUCUUUUCAUUUUGAUUAUUAACUACAAUUAUUUGUCAGGCUUCUGCUGCUACACCGACUGAUUCUUCUUCUGAGGAGGAUUACAAUAUUGUGAUGAUUUCUACCAUGCCUGAUUGGGCACAACCAGCUUUCAAAGGAAUGACUCACCUGAAUAGAGUGCAGAGCAAAGUUUAUAAAACUGCUCUCUUUAAUCACGAUAAUUUGCUGCUUUGUGCCCCGACUGGUGCUGGUAAAGAUAUUGUGGCUGUUCUUACUAUCCUUCAGCAGAUUGCUCUUCACAGGAAUCCAUAUAAUGGUUACAUAGAUCAUAGUGCAUAUAAAAUUCUUUAUAUGACACACUCAGAAGCCGUGGUGAAGCUUGUUCGAAUGUUGAGGAAAACUUUCGAAGAUUAUGGUAUCAAGGUCGGGGAGCUAAGUGAAGACCCAUCAGUGACUUGGGAACAGAUAGAAGAGAGUCAGAUUAUGGUGACAACUCCUGAGAAAUGAGACAUUAUUACACGUAAAAUCCAGAAUCAUCGAACUUACACGGAACAACUAAAGCUUAUUAUCAUUGAUGAUUGUCAUUUUCUUAAUGAUAACAGAGGUUUUGCUCUUGAAAGCGUUAUGACAAGAACAAUUUUGCAUAUGAAGAAUUGCAUUCGGUUGGUGGGAUUCUCUGCUACUUUCCCUUAUUAUGUAGAUGUAGCUCGAUUCCUGACCGUUGAUGUAAACAAUGGGAUAUUCACUUUUGAUGACAGUUAUAGACAUAUUCAGAUUGAAAUGAACCGUGUAUGUAUGGAAAAGGUUAUGUCUAUAGCUGGAAAGAAUCCGGUUAUUCUUAAUGAGAGUCAGUUUAUUUCUAAGCUAGCUGAUCAGCUGAAUGCAGAGAUUGUUCUCGGUACAGUUCAAAAUGUGAAGGAAGCCCGCCUAUGGAUUCGGCACACUUACACGUAUGUCUGUAUGUUAACGAAUCCUUCUUCAUAUGGUUUAGCAGCAGAUGUUAUAGCUAAAGAUAUUGAGAACAACAUUGAUGAUUUGAUUCAUGAAGCUGCUACACUCUUAGAUGAAAGCAAUCUGGUGAAGUAUGAUGCCAAUAGUGGAUGUUUUCAGGUCACUGACUUUGGGCGAAUUGCAAGCUACCAUAAUGUAGCACACAGAACGAUCUCCAUGUAUGAUAAUAGUUUGAAGCCUACAAUGGGAUACGAAGAGCUUUGUCAAUUGUUCUCACUUAGUGAGGAAUUAAAGCAUGUAACAGUAAAGGAAGAUGAGAAGCUGCAGCUAGAAGAGCUUUUUAACCAUGUUCAUAUUCCCAUCAAAGAAAGCCUGGAAGAGCCAACUGCAAAAGUAAAUGUUUUACUGCAAGCAUACAUUUCACAGACAAAGCUUGAAGGGCUCUCAAUGACAUCUGAUAUGGUUUUUAUCACACAGAGUGCUGGACGCCUUUUGUGGGCUCUUUUUGAGAUUGUCCUGAAACGUGGCUGGGCUCAAUUGGCUGAGAAGGCUCUGAACUUAUGCAAGAUGGUGACCAAGAGGAUGUGGAGUGUCCAAACUCCUCUGUGUCAGUUCAAUGUAAUCCCAAGUCAUAUAUUAACAGAAUUGAAGAAGAAGGAUUUGACUUGGGAAAAGUAUUUCAACUUAUCAGCUCAAGAGGUAGGCGAACUUAUUCGUGCACCGACUAUGGGAAGGAAGCUUCAUAAACUUAUCCGUCAAUUUCCAAAACUGAACCUUGUCGCACAUGUGCGGCCAACUACUAGUGCAGUUUUAGGGGUUGAGCUCACAAUAACUCCAGAUUUUGCAUGGGAUGACAUAAUGCAUGGAUAUGUUGAGCCGUUCUGGGUGAUUAUGGAGGAUAAAGAUGGUGCACAGAUCCUUCAUCAUGAGUAUUUUUUGCUGAAAAAACAGCACAUUAAGGAGGAUCACACUUUGAAUUUCACAGUGUCAAUAGACAAGUGUCUUCCUCCUCAAUACUCUAUCCGUGUUGUUUCUGAUAAAUGGCUUGGAUCCCAAACAGUUUUACCUGUUUCUUGCAGUCAUCUCAUUUUACCUGAAAACUAUCCUCCUACUGAACUACUGGAUCUGCAACCACUUCCGGUUACUGCCUUAAGAAAUCCAUCAUAUGAAGCUCUUUAUCAGGAUUUUAAGCAUUUCAAUCCAGUACAGACACAAGUCUUCACAGUACUGUAUAAUUCUGAUGACAAUGUCCUAGUUGCCACUCCAACUGGGAGUGGCAAGACUAUAUGUGCAGAGUUUGCAAUUUUGAGGAAUCAUCAGAUAAAUACCAACAAUGACAUGCUUGUUGUUUAUCUUACACCCAAUGAAACUCUUGCCAAGCAACAGUACCUUGACUGGGAUAAGAAAUUUGGGAAUGGUCUCAAGUUGAAGGUAGUUGAAUUAAGUGGAGAUCCACAAAUAGAUUUGGAAUUGCUGAGGGAAGGACAGAUUAUUGUUAGUACACCAGAGAGAUGGGAUGCUCUAAACCGCUCCAGGAAAGCUAUGAACGUUGCUAUGUCAGUUAGUCUUUUCAUCAUUGACCAGCUUCACUUAAUCGGAGAACAAGGAGGUCAUGUUAUAGAGGGAACUGUUUCCAGGAUGAAAUCUCAUGAUAUUGGCAUUAAUUAUUUUAUAAAAUCUUAUUCAAAGGUUCGGCUUGUGGGUUUGUCAACUUCAGUUUCAAAUGCAAAGGAUCUCGGAGAAUGGAUUGGAGCUACCUCCCAUGGCUUUUUCAAUUUUCCUCUUGGUAAGUCGGUGGAAAUUCAAACUCAAGGAGUAGAUGUUGCCAAUUUUGAAGCUAGGAUGCAAGCAAUGACCAAACCAACUUACAUUGCCAUUACUCAACUUGUCAAGAAUGAACAGACUUCUAUUGUAUUUGUACCUUCAAGAAAGUAUGUUCGUCUGGUGGCAGUAGAUCUCAUAAAAUACAAAGGUGCAGACGGUGAUAAGAGGUCCUUUUUACUGAAUCCCCUAGCAGAGCUUGUACCUUUUAUUAACAAGAUUAGUGAUGAGAUGUUGAAAACUACUUUACGUGAAGGUGUUGGCUUCUUGCACGAGGGCUUGAACGGUUCUGAUCGUGACAUCGUUACACAAUCAUUUAAAAGUGGUUUGAUUCAGGUCUGCAUUAUAACAAGUUCCAUCUGCAGGGAAGUGAAAUUGUCAACUCCUCUCGUUAUUGUGAUGGGAACACAGUACUAUGAUGGACCAGAGAACUCACAGACAAAUUACCCUGUCGCUGAUUUGCUGCAAAUGGUGCAACCUGUCAGCAGUCCUUUGGUGAAUGGUCAUGGGAAAUGUAUUAUUUUAUGCCACACACCUCGUGAGGAGUACUACAAGGCAUUAUUGUGCGGAACAUACCCGGUUGAAAGUGUUCUUCCACACUUUUUACAUGAUUCCAUACUUGUUGGAGUUGCAGGAAAAUUUAUUUUCUUUAAGAAAGAUGUGGUAGAAAAUUAUCUUGCAAACACCUUCUUGUACAAGCGGCUAACAAGAAAUCCUGAAUUUUAUGGGUGCCAAGAUUUGGCUGUUCGCAUGUCAGAUUUCGGAAAAAAUACAAUCGCUGACUUACAAGAAAAUAAAUGUGUUCUUCUCGGUGAUGACAGAAUUUAUUGUACAGAUCAAGGAGAGAAAACUAUCAAAUUCUACAUCACUUACAAAACAAUGGCAAUGUUCUCAGCAUCUUUAACACAGACAACUGACAUGGGGGGUCUUUUGGAUAUUGUAUCUAAGGCGCCAGACUUUGAUGCACUGCCAAUUAGAUUUGGCAUAGAUGAAGAAGAAGAGGUAUGCCGCCUUCUUAGUAAUCAGAGAUUUCCAUAUGAAAACUCUAAGUUUAAGGAUACACACGCAAUAGCAAAUGUUCUUCUUCAAGCUCAUUUGUCGAGGACUUCUGUUGGUGUGAACCUUGCUUUCUGCCAAAAAUAUGUGUUGAGCUUUGCACAUAAACUCCUUCAGGCAAUUAUAGCAAUAGCAUCAAAAAAGCGUUGGUUGGGCCCGACUGUUUUGGCUAUCACAUUCAACCAAAUGCUGAUACAAGGAACAUGGGAAACCGAUUCAGUUUUACUGCAAGUUCCGCAUGUAACGAAGCAGCUGGCUAUAAAAUGUCAAAAAAGAAAUAUAUCCUCUCUGGAUGAUUUAAAAAAGAUGGAACAUGGUAAGUUGUGUGAGAUAUUUAACAUGUCAGACUCGAGGCUAUGUGAGAUAUCACAAUUUUUCAGUCACUACUUCAUCCCUGUAUUGGUUUAUAAGGUUGAACAUGCACUCGAAAGCCCUGAAAAAAUAAAAGUGAAAAUUUUUUUUGAGAUAAAAAAGGAUGAAGAAUUUGUCCACGCUCCUCUCUUUCCAACUACUCAGAGGAAAACUUGGUGGCUUAUUGUUCAGAGAUCUGAUGAUUGUUCUUUUGAUAUGGGAUCCAUAGAAGCUGCAGGGUCAGAAAAUGGUUACAUGCUUAAAUUCACUGUUCCUAACAGGCCUGGAAGAACAACACUUGUCAUUCGUUUCAUGUGUAAUUCAUAUCGGGGAUUUGAUCGAUUUUACUAUCUCAACGUGGACGUGGAAGAUGGUAAAGUUAUGAUUCGUGAAGCGAUUAAGUCAAAGGAAGACAAGAAUGAUUAGGCAAGGGGGAAUCAGUUGAUAGGUGAAUUUUGUUAUUUGGCACUUCUUUGUGCACACAGUAUCUGUUUUUCCACUUUCAAUAUACCGUGUGUUUCUUAAGAACAUCAAUAUUACUGUCUUAUGUCUUAUGCAUGUGCUUGGUUUAUUUCAUCCUUGGUUUUAUGCUACUAUUUUGGUCAAUGAAUACAUUAGCUUUCUGGCAGUUGUCUCA